AUGGAGUUGGAGGAGUUGGAAGGACUGGAGCCAGUGAGCCCAAAUGGUCAGUACUUCAGUAGCGAUGCAUUAUCUCUUUCGGUUCUUGCUGUUUUGGAAUUUGAGAUUCCAAUCGAUCUGGGGUAUCAAACAAUGUUUUUGCUUAAGAACGUCUUCCUCCCCAUCAGCCCGCGUUUCUCCUCUAUCAUGGUUGAAAAUAAUGGAAAGAAAGAGUGGAAAAGGGUCGAAGUGAAGCUUGAAGACCACUUGCACAUCCCUACUUUCCCUUCCAACUUGUCCCCCAAAUCAUAUGACAAGUAUAUUGAUGACUAUUUGUCAAAGCUAUCAACAGAAAGAUUUCCACAAGGCAAACCGCUGUGGGAAGUUCAUAUUAUCAACUACCCAACCAGCAAUGCAGCUGGGAAUAUAAUCUUCAAGUUUCACCAUGCCCUAGGAGAUGGCUACUCUCUCAUGGGUGCCCUUAUUUCCUCUCUACAAAGGGCUGAUGACCCUUCUCUUCCCUUAAAUUUUCCUUCACGGCAGCGAUCCGAAUCAAAGAGAGAAAAUUUUGUGACUAAAACUUUCUCAGCUGUCUGCAACACCAUUUCAGACUUUUGGUCGGCCAGUUUAAAGAUCAUGAAGGAAGAUGAUCUAACACCAAUCAAGUCUGGUAAUGAUGCAAUUGAGUUUCGGCCAAGUACUGUAUCAACUAUGACAUUCUCUCUGGAUCAAAUCAAAUCAAUCAAGAACAAGCUUGGAAUGACUGUAAAUGAUGUUCUCACCGGGAUGAUCUUCUUUGGAACUCGGCUGUACAUGCAAGAGAUUAACCAAAGUUCAAGCAAAGCAGAUUGUACAUCAAUUAUGUUGAUCAACACAAGGUUCAUAGGGGAUUAUGUGCCGAUUGAGGAGAUGAUGAAACCCAACAGCAAGACGCCAUGGGGAAAUCGUUUCACUUGGGUGCAUAUAUCCGUACCCAAGUUAACUCAACUCUCAAAUGCUCUGGACUUUAUCUGGAACACACAAAAAAUAAUAAAGAAAAAGAGAAGCUCUUUAGCUGCUUAUUUCUCGAGCAGGCUGUUGGAGAUUCUGGACAAAUUUGGAAGCCAUGAGGCAUCCAGCAGAUACAUUCAUCAUACAGUGAAGAACUCGAGCAUGGUAAUUUCAAAUGUGAUUGGACCUGUGGAAAAAAUGUCUCUGGCUAAUCAUCCAAUUAAAGGUUUAUACUUUUUGAUGGGUGGUAUACCUCAGGGCUUUCAGAUAACCAUUGUUAGUUACAUGGGAAAGGUGAGGCUAGCCUUCAAAAUGGAAACAGGUCUCAUAGAUCCACAGAAGUUCAAGUCAUGCAUGCAAAAUGCCUUGGAAAUGAUACUCAAAGACUCCGAUCUGAUGCGGAACGAUUAA